AUUAGCUGUAUAUCCUAUCGUGGCUGCGGCAGGUUUCUUAGUUAUAGUCUUGCCGAGAUUUCGGUUGAUCGCUGAGGCCAUAGCUCAAGAGGCUGUCAUGAUUGCCAUGUAUCAUCUGUUCUGUCUGAUGGUGUCGGAAUGCGGCGGAGCUGACCGGGUCGUCAGGCGUGCCCCGGAUACAAGGUUAGAGACCAGGGUGCUGCCUUGCUGUUGCUGGCCGUGUUGUGUGAUCCCCCGACCCAAAUUACAGAAGCGAAAUUUGAUGUGGGUGCGAUAUAUAGUGUUACAAAUGCCGAUCGUUCAAGCGUUGAUUUAUGUUGUGUUGCUGGCUCUAUGGGCAGAGGACAUGAUGUUAUACCACCGUUAUUUCGCGUACCUGCAGCCGUUUGUCGCAGCGUCGAUACUGACUGGCGUGUGGGGAAUGAUCAUGUGCGUACGCCUUCUGGAAUCUGCAGGCUAUAAACCAAAAGCUAGGUUUCUGGUGCUGCAGUUAGCGCUAAUCAUCGUGAAGGUCCAAUGUGGAUUUGCUAAAGUAUUGCCGGAGUUUAUAAACAUACGGUGUAUUACGUCUUUGCAUCCCUCCGUUUUUGUUAAUAUGAUUCAAUAUAGUAUUAUGAUGCUAGAGAUGCUACUUUUAUCGAUAUGGGCUUGGCGCUUGUACAGAGUACCACCAGGAAAGGAUGUAGACAAAGUGCCUCGAGUCAUGGUGGCUGUGUUAGACGACAGUGUCAAGUCAAAUGAAGUGAGAACACCGUCCAGUGUCGAAAAUAAAUCAUACAAUGGAAGAAGCGAAUGAAAAUUGAAUGUUUUCUUCGUUGUUAUUGAUUGAAGUCAAUUACUGUCGAAUAUUAAUAGAAGUUAAUGGAGGAAUACAUGACAAAAUGUAAAUAUUAUAAAAGUAGUUUCAAAUCUACCUAAAUAAACAAUGUUUUAUCUUAGGUGAUAUCUGUACCUGAAUACGGUUUAUAAUGAUCUGUGUGUUGUGUAAGAAAUAAAAUAAGACGUAAUAAAUA